CCUGCUUUGGCGCCAAAGAGCACGGGUACAGCGCGCGCGUGGGGGCAGCAGCAGCGGCGGCGGAGUUGGUGUUAGCGAGAUGAACGGGGAUCAGCCUAGCCCCAGCGGCCAGUUUAACGGGUUUAGCAGUGAAAUGCUCUGUAAAAAACGGGAAGACUAUUUGGAAUGGCCUGAAUAUUUCAUGGCAGUAGCCUUCUUAUCAGCACAAAGAAGCAAGGAUCCAAAUUCUCAGGUUGGUGCUUGCAUUGUGAAUUCAGAAAACAAGAUUGUUGGAAUUGGAUAUAAUGGGAUGCCUAACGGUUGCAGUGAUGAUUUGCUGCCCUGGACGAGAACAGCACAGAUGUGCCAUGCUGAAUUGAAUGCCAUUAUGAACAAAAACUCAGCUGAUGUGAAAGGUUGCAGCAUAUAUGUUGCCUUGUUUCCAUGUAAUGAAUGUGCAAAGCUCAUCAUCCAGGCAGGUAUAAAAGAAGUUAUUUUUAUGUCUGACAAAUACCAUGAUAGCCCUGAAAUGACAGCUGCCCGGCGCCUGUUUGAUUUAGCUGGAAUUAUAUACAGGAAAUUCAAACCCAAGUGCAAUAAGAUCAUCAUUGACUUUGAUUCAAUUAACGGCAGACCAAGUCAAAAGCCUCUGUGAGUUAGCAGCUCAUUAAAUCUCUAGAAGAUUGUGAUUAUCUUUUUCUGAGAAGCUGCUAAUGCCUUUCAUCUUGAAGUUACACAACUUUUUAAUAGCCACUACAGCUAAAGUAGACAUCUGAAGAAUGUAAGGCCUAAAAUUUUUCUCCAUCAGCCUUGUCAUACAGAAUCUACAUCUAAACUUUUGGUUGCUGCUUUUUUUUCAAGCCUGCUUUAAAAUCUAGAACUAUAUAGAGGAAACAUAGUACAGCAUAUGUACUACAAGAAAAUGGUUUUGAUUCUUACUAUGUCGAUCAUGUGCUCUAUUAAGUAGAGUCAGAAUCGUAGACAGCAGUAUUUAUUGUAGGCAAUAACAUGCUGGAAAACCUCACUUACGUAUGUGGAUCUGUCCUUAUUGGACGCAGGGAACUAAAUAGCUAAUCCACGUGAAAUGUAAGAGGAGAUGUCCAUGCAAAUAUUGAUAUUCAAUCUACAGUAGCACUAGAAUAUUCUUGUUAAAGAGUUACAACAAUUAGUUUAAAAUAUUGUGGUGUCAAACUAUACUGUUGCAAUGUACUUUUAUUUGCAGAUGUAGUAGUGACUUUACUUUUAAUUGCUGUCUUACAUUGUAAUACAUGGUGUGUGUGUUUUUUAGUUAUGUUUGGAGAAUUUUCUGUGUUGGAUUCGGUUUAGAGAGACUUUGAAUUCUUUUCCCCAAGACACCUUGAACUUAAUCGGGGCUAAGUGAAUAAAUCAUUGGACUUUCACCUAUGGGAUCUUAUUUGGAGUUGAUUUUCUUGCCUAAAAAAAGUUAGUCUAUUGGUCUAAGUUUCUACUAGACAAUCCAACACAGUUCAAUCUCAGAAUUAACCUGUAAAAUAACUGAAUCAUUUCUUGUCCUUAGAGAGAAACAAGAGAUAUUCAACCCAUGUUGAGGUUGUCUAUGCCAAAAGUAGUAAUUGUGAUUUUAGCUUAUUUGUUAAUGCUGGCACAGUGCCUUCAUUUUCACAAAUGUUGUCUAAAAUAAUAUCCUUUUUAAUUUUAUUUUGAGGUUUGGGAAUAGAUUUGAAUGCCUUUUCUUUAAUUUGAUUUUUUUUUAAAUUAAAUAUGCCUAAUGGCUUUGUUUAGAAGAUGUUUUUAUCCCAGAGGUAAUCAUAUAUUUUUUAAAUAUGGUUAUAUUUCAGUAAGCUUUUAUUUUUUCUGUAAAGGCUUUCUGUUCCAUAUUUUGGGACAUUAUGUAAUUUGGCUUCCUACCAGUACUAUUAAAGUAUUAUUAAAAUCUGCUAUGCUAAA